UAAAUAUUUAGGUGGCUAAUCUUACCAACCAGCUGGAAUAGCUCAGAUGGUUAGAGCGUGUGGCUGUUAACCACAAGGUCCGAGGUUCAAGCCCUCCUUCUAGCGCUUGUUUUGGCUUUAAACUUAUUUUCAGAUAAAAAGGGGUCAACGACCAUGUUUUAUUGACCUGGGAAUGGAACCAAGUGCAUUAGUUUGAAGACAGACGCCGAACCAGAUAACUAGUUCACAACUGCUUAUGUUUCAGAAGUCGAAAAACAAAAUCAUAACAUAGCAUGACAAGAAGCUAGUUAUGGAAGCCUCGAAAAAGACAGAGCAGCAACUCAUAAUCGAAGAAUGGAACGGAUCUUCUUCUACCAAGCUUUUCAAAACUGCCACCAUCAGUAUCUCCCCUUCUCUGCAAAUCAACAGCAGAUCAGCUAAUCGAUUCAACCAUGUUUGGAGGCGAUUCCUCGAUGCAUUUGUCCCCGAGGGUUUCCCAGGCAGUGUGACUCCAGAUUAUGUCCCUUUCCAAGUAUGGGACUCUUUGCAGGGACUUUCAACAUACAUAAGAACAAUGCUGUCUACCCAAGCUCUUUUGAGUGCUAUUGGAGUUGGUGAGAAAUCAGCAACUAUUAUUGGUGCAACAUUUCAGUGGUUCCUGAGAGAUCUAACAGGAAUGCUUGGAGGCAUCCUAUUCACAUUUUACCAGGGCUCAAAUCUUGAUAGCAAUGCUAAAAUGUGGCGUUUGGUUGCUGAUCUCAUGAAUGAUUUAGGAAUGUUGAUGGAUCUUCUUUCUCCUUUGUUUCCUUCAGCUUUUGUUUUCAUUGUUUGCUUAGGCAGCUUGUCAAGAUCAUUCACCGGUGUUGCUAGUGGAGCUACCAGAGCUGCUUUGACACAGCAUUUUGCCCUCCAAAAUAAUGCAGCAGAUAUAUCUGCCAAGGAAGGAAGCCAAGAGACAAUGGCAACAAUGGUUGGCAUGGCAUUGGGAAUGCUUCUUGCUCGCAUGACUACAGAAAACCCACUAGCUAUUUGGUUUUCUUUUCUCUCCCUGACAAUGUUCCAUAUGUAUGCAAAUUACAAAGCUGUCGAGUGCCUUGCUUUAGAUUCACUGAACUUUGAGAGGAGCUCAAUUCUUCUACAACAUUUCAUAGAAACUGGCCAAGUUCUUUCUCCUAAACAGGUCUCAACCAUGGAGCAUGUUUUGCCCUUAUGGACCACUUUAAGGUUGUCAAAGAGUGCUAAGCUCCUGCACACAGAUGUAAAAUUAGGGUUAAGGGUUUCCUCUCUUGAUCACAUAGAAAUGGUCAACCUUCUGAAUUCAGCUGGAUCAUUUUACAAGAAAGCAAAGUAUUUACUGGUGGAGAGGAAGGGAAUCGUUAGCGUCAUCAUGCACAAAGAUUCAACAGCUGCAGAUAUCUUGAAGUCAUAUAUUCAUGCACUUGUUAUGGCCAACCUUGUGGAUGGAAAAAGAUCUCUACACCUGGAGAGCCAAUCAUGGAUGGAUAAGCAGUAUGAAAUUUUUAUUCAAAAGCUAAAGUCAUCUGGUUGGAAAACUGAAAGGCUUCUCUCUCCCUCAAUCAUCUGGAAGGCACACUGGCACUGUGAGUCAUUGGAUGAAAAAACUGACUAGGUUUCUUCAGUCUACCUCAUGAGAAUGGUUGAUGGCUGUUCUACUGGACUAAAUUGAAGAAAAAUGAAAAUCGUGGAUGAUACCUCAGUUUGAGAUAUCAACAUCACCUUUUCAUCCACUGCUUCAAUGGUGCAAAAAUUUUAACCUGGUUUAAACUGUCAUGUCUGAAGAGAUGGAAUCCAGCAAAGAAAGUUGAGGCUAUGAGUUGGAGACUCAAAAAUCACAUAAUUAUUUUGCUUUAUGUAUUUUAUAUUACCAAAGUUCAACCAUUGAUCAAAAGUCUUGACAUUUUCUCUUAUAAUCUUCAAUCCAUAGCCCCUCUCGUCCAUUGACAAAGCAGAAGCAUAUUUUCCACUGAAUCUUCCAUCUAACACAUCCCACACAAUGAGCUUCCUGCACACUUUCUUCUCCACAAAUUAUCAAGGUAAAGCAUUUGAGUUGGCUCUUUAUAGGAAGACCUUGAUUUUGCCAGGCACCUUCAAACUCCAGAUUUCCUUCCAAGCCUUGCCGUCCAUGAUAUAUAUAAAAACUUUUUUUACAAUAAGGUGGUUUAUUCAAAGAAGAUUGUCAUUUUUUUUUCUUUUUAACAAAGGAGGUAACAAUAUUGGAGACUUGAAUUUCGGAUCUGUUGAAUAUCAUCUCUUAAGGAUAAUAGUUACAUAAAUGAACUGGGUUGAAUUUUAAAUUCAAAAUAUCUUUAUGU